AUGGCAUGUUCAAAGAUAUUUUCUGGUGAAUUACCCGAAUUAUUGAGUGAAAUUAUACAAUAUUUUCGAAAUGAUUUUUCAACAUUACAUUCGUGUAUUUUAGUCAAUAGAAUAUGGUGUCGUUUGGCAAUUCCAUUAUUAUGGGAAAAUCCUUUCACAAUUAUUUCUUGUAAAAAUUUUUACUCCAUUCAAUAUUAUAAAAUUCGGUUUAUUGAAACUUAUUUGAUUGAUUUAAAUGAUAAUGAUAAAAUAAAAUUAAAUGAAUACGGAAUUAAUCUUCUUUCGAAUACAUUAUUUAAUUAUCCCAGUUUUAUAAAACAUUUAUAUACACGUAUUAUUGGUUAUUCUAUUGAAAAGUGGGUUGCAUCUAUUAAAAAAAAUGAACAACCUUUAUUUACUUUUAUUUAUAAUAAACAAAAUUCCGAUUUUAUAAAAUUCAUUUAUAAAUCAUUAAUUAAGAUAUUCAUUAAAAAUGAAGCAAUUUUACAUACUUUUGAUGUUACUCAUCAUCGUAAUUAUUUUGAUAUUAUUGAUUUAGUUUUACAACAUUCAAAUUUCAUUAAUAAUAUCAGACAAUUUAAUCUUGAACUUUGUUCAUAUGACGAAACAAUUAGUAAUAUAACCCCUUUAUUAAAAUUUUUAAGUUCUAAUUGUAAUUCGAUUUCAUCCCUUUGUAUUCCAAGUUUUGAUAAAUAUAAAGCUGGUACAGCUAUUAAUUAUUUAUCCAAAUUAAUUAAAUCACAAAAAAAUCUUAAAAAAAUUUUAUUUCUUUAUGAUUUUCCUCAUUCAAUGUUAUUAAAUUCAAAUUGUUUAAACACUUUAAACACUAUUAUCUUUUGUAAUAUUGAUUUUAAAAAUAUAAAUGUUUUAAAUGAAGCAUUUGAACAAUUAAAUGUUUUAGAAUCUAUUCAUAUUAUUUAUUGUCGUUCUCUAGAUUCUAAUUUUGCUCAACAAAUAAUCAAUUUAACUAAACCAUUUAAAUUAAAAUCCUUAGUUGUGAAUGAAAUGUUCAAUUCAAUAGAAUUAUUAUUACAAAAAUUUGGUGAUUAUUUAGAAAAUUUUGUAUUUGAAUCAUUUAAAACUUAUGAAAUUACAAAUGAUGAAUCAGAAUUACAAUUACUUGAAUUAAUUUCAAGAUAUUGUAUGAAAAUUAAAUUUUUAAAAUUAUCUGAAUUUACUAGUCAGAAUAUUUAUUCAGCAUUCAAUUUAAUUGAAAAUAUUAAACAAAAUCUUAAUUAUCUUACUAUAGAUUUAAAUUUUGAUUUUGAAGCAUCUUAUAUUUGUAAUGAAGUAAACCUUAGUUCUAUAGUAUUACAUAAUUUAGGACAAAUUCUUCCUUUUAAAUUAGAAUAUUUAAAUUUAUCUCUUAUGAUGAGUACAAAUGAUUUUAAAAUAUUUUUAAAAAAUUCUCAAAAUAUUUUUAUUAAAAAAUUAUUAAUUAGAAAUUUGGUAGGUAGUAUACGAGAAGGAAAAAAAUAUAUUUUACCUUAUAUAAAAGAUUAUGCUAUGAAAAAGAAAAGAAUUAAAUAUUUUGCUUUUUUAGAAAAUUUCAUUUUUGAACAAAUCAAUGAUGAUUUGUUUUCUUUGAAAGAUGAAGUGAAAGAAUUUAAAUUAUAUGAUAUUAAAGUUCAAAAUUAUAAUGAUUUGCAAAUUCAAUUUUCUGAAUUUUUAGAAGCAAACUAUUAG